CCCCUCCGCUUUCUUUCUGGCUAUAUGAUCGCCGUUUGUUUGUUCUUGGUCUCCUGGUUUCGAUUUGGUUUGGAUGCUGCCUAGUCUCCUCUCUGCUCUGCUCUGCUCCAUCGCUGCCGCAGCGUGCGCUUGAUCCUCGUUCGUUCCCGCUCGCCUUUUUUUUUCCCCCUGCCACUUGUUACUCCCAGACUUUAUUUAUUUAUUUAUGUUUUGGCGGAUGCUGUUGGGUCUCCAACUCCAACGCUGGGCGUCUCCCCUCCCUUGCUUUUCCUUUCCCUCCUCUUCUGUCGUACUACUACGCUGGCCUGGCUGCCAGUGCCACGCACGCACGAACGCGCGCUUCUCUCAGCCCUCGCCCCGCGUCCUGCGCUCACGUGUGCGAAGCGGCGCAACGGCGGAGGCGGCUCUAGCAUCACCGGCCGACGGUCCUCCUCCUUCUCACGAAAGGCACUAGAGGAGCGGCGGCGGCGGCGGCGCAUCAAGCACCGCACCGAUGGGCCCACUGGAGCCGCGCUACCGUCCAGGCGGCGCCCCCGAGGACACGACUAAGAGAAGGGCCUCCAAGAGCAAGAGUUUCAAAGACGCCGAGAACUUCGAAGUCCUCGUCCUUGAGAAGAGCUGCGGUUGCAAGUUCAAGUCUUUGAGGAUCUUGCUCAUAGCCAUCAUCUCCGCGACAGUCCUUACCCUUGUAACCCCGACCUUAUACGAGCGCCAGUUGCAGUCAGCCUCCCGGUACGUGGAUGUCGGGUGGAUGUGGGACAGAGCGAGUUCCGAUCCGCGGUACGCAUCUUCUGCCGAUGUUGGGUGGGAGGAUGUGUACAAAGCACUGGGAAACCUAAGAAGCGGUAACCGCCAGAGUCAUCUCAGAGUUGGGCUCUUGAAUUUCAACAGCACCGAGUAUGGCUCCUGGACGCAGUUGCUCCCAGCUGACAGCCACGUUAUCUCCACUGUAAGGCUCGAGCACGCCAAGGACAGCGUCACCUGGCAGACGCUGUACCCUGAGUGGAUCGACGAGGAGGAAGAGACGGAGAUACCCUCUUGCCCGUCGCUGCCGGAGCCAAACGUGCCAAGAGGUGCGCGCUUUGACGUCGUCGCCGUGAAGCUCCCAUGCACCCGUGUGGCGGGCUGGUCGAGAGACGUCGCGCGGCUCCAUCUGCAGCUCUCGGCAGCCAAACUGGCUGUGGCGUCCUCGAAGCGCAACCACGACGUCCAUGUUCUCUUCGUCACUGACUGCUUCCCGAUCCCGAACCUCUUCCCUUGCAAGAACCUUGUCACACGUGAAGGCAGCGCCUGGUUGUACAGUCCUGACUCCAAGGCGUUGAGGGAAAAGCUCAGGCUUCCAGUCGGGUCCUGUGAGCUUGCCGUUCCACUCAAAGCCAAAUCGAGGCUUUUCUCGGUAGAUCGACGAAGAGAAGCGUACGCGACGAUACUGCAUUCAGCGAGCGAAUACGUCUGCGGCGCAAUCUCGGCAGCGCAAAGCAUCCGCCAGGCAGGAUCCACCAGGGACCUGGUCAUCCUUGUGGACGAGACCAUAAGCGACCACCACCGGAGAGGCUUGGAGGCGGCGGGGUGGAAGGUCAGAGUGAUCCAGAGGAUCAGGAACCCCAAGGCGGAGCGCGACGCGUACAACGAGUGGAACUACAGCAAGUUCAGGCUGUGGCAGCUCACCGACUACGACAAGGUCAUCUUCAUAGACGCCGACCUCCUCAUCCUGAGGAACGUCGACUUCCUGUUCGCCAUGCCGGAGAUCGCCGCGACGGGCAACAACGCCACGCUCUUCAACUCCGGCGUCAUGGUCGUCGAGCCCUCCAACUGCACGUUCCGCCUGCUCAUGGACCACAUCGACGAGAUCACCUCGUACAACGGCGGGGACCAGGGGUACCUCAACGAGAUAUUCACGUGGUGGCACCGCGUCCCCAGGCACAUGAACUUCCUCAAGCACUUCUGGGAGGGCGACAGCGAGGCCAUGAAGGCGAAGAAGACCCAGCUGUUCGGUGCGGACCCGCCGGUCCUCUACGUCCUCCACUACCUUGGCCUCAAGCCGUGGCUGUGCUUCAGAGACUACGACUGCAACUGGAACAACGCCGGGAUGCGCGAGUUCGCCAGCGACGUCGCGCAUGCCCGGUGGUGGAAGGUGCACGACAGGAUGCCCCGGAAGCUCCAGUCCUACUGCCUGCUGAGGUCGCGGCAGAAGGCCAGGCUGGAGUGGGACCGGAGGCAGGCCGAGAAGGCCAACUCUCAAGAUGGCCACUGGCGCCUCAACGUCACGGACACCAGGCUCAAGACGUGCUUUGAGAAGUUCUGCUUCUGGGAGAGCAUGCUCUGGCAUUGGGGCGAGAACAGUAACAGGACCAAGAGCGUCCCCAUGGCAGCCACGACGGCAAGGUCGUGAUCUGUAGAUAUACGAACACCCCAUCCCCAUAUGGCAACCAUACAUGCAUAGCAAUAGCUUGUAUAGGUAGCUAUGCUUUAGUUCUUCGCUAUAUAUACAGAAUACACCACUCGAUCCCUGUUGUUGUCAAGGCUGCAGCUCUAUGUCGCUGCCGGCCUGCCACCAUGGCUAACGAUUCUUUUGGGUUGGCUGCUGUAAUAAGUUUCAGGUACAUGUAAAUUUCCCUGCUGAAAUUACGUGACCGCGUGUGAGAAAUGAAUUUGUACAGGGCGCCAAAUAAUAAUUGGUUGGUGCAUACAACAUA